AAAAAGAUAAAAAGUGCACGCUCAUUUUGUGAAUAAAUUUUGAUAAUUUGCUUUUUGGUUGCUUUUAUGAAUAUUUUUUUAUAAUAUUUUUUUCGUUGUUUUAUUCUUUUAAAUCUAUUAAUAUAAUUAUUUAAAAAAAGAAAAGAAAUACAAGAAAAAAAUCAAAAAAAAGACAACAAGGAAAUUGUGGAAAUAAAAGAAAAAACACCAAAAUAAAAAUUGAGAAUAUACAAAAAAAAAAGUACAAAAUAAAAAUUGAAUUUUUAAAUAGCAAAAAUUUUUAAAGCUAUUUUUAACCUUAUGUCAUUUAUAAAUGCAAAAUUCAAUAAUGACAAUUGUAACUACUAUUUGAUAACGUUAAAUUUAAAACUAAAUAAAUCAUCGGUCACAUGACAUAAAAUUAUAUAUUAUAUACAUAUAAGAAGAGAAAUUACAUAAUAAUUGUGAAAUUAAUUUUAUAUUAUAAAAACAAAAAUAAAUAAAUAAAAAAGAUAUAGAAUCAAGGAAAAUCAGAAAAAGUCAAAUACAUAAAAGGCAAAAUGAAUUUGAAAAGAGCAACAAUUCUUAUUAUUUCAAUUUUAAUCUCUUUGAUGGUAAAUGAAAUAAAAGCACGACCACAUAUUGAGAAAGUUUUAAGAGAGAAUGGUCUGACAUCAUCAGAGAAAGAAGAAGAAGGAAUUGUGAAAUUUACAAAAUAUCCACCGGAAACUAUUGAAUAUGAAAUUGGUUCAGUAGCUGAAAUUGAAUGUGAAGCAUUAGGUUCAUCAGAUCUUAGUGUACAAUGGGUCCCAGGAAAUAUGGCUGAGCUUGAUCCAUUUAAAAAUUAUUCACCAAAUCCAGCAACAAUUGUUAAAAUACGUUCCGUACUUGUUAUUGAACAUUUAAAACAAAAAGAAACAUUUUCAUGUAUUGCAACAUCAUUACAUACCGGAAAACAGAUAAUAACAAAAACAACAAUAUUACCAAGACCACCAGCCGAUAGUAAUGAUAUUAAUAUUAAAAAACGUAAUCUAAGAUCACCAAAAAUUAUUCAAAAUUAUUCAUUAUUUAUGGGUACUAUUGGUUCUAGUAUGAUGUUACCAUGUCAAACAUCACAUCCAAAUCAUAGGCCAGCAGUGAAAAAAUUUUGGAUUGAUUUUAAUAAUAACAUUGUUAAUGAAAAUAAUUCAAGAUUUACAGUAACACAUAAUGGUGAUUUAAUAAUAACAGAUUUACAAUGGAAAGAUAUGGGAUUAUAUAAGUGUAUUGUAGAAAAUUCACAUGGUCGUGAUUCGGCUAAUACUUUUGUUUACCCAGUGUUAGAUGAAUAAUUAAAAAGAAAAACCUAUUUGGUUGCGGAAAAUUUUCAAUUUACAAAAAAAGUUCACUAUUUUUAACAAUAAAGAAUUGUACAAAAAAUAAAAUUGGAACGACGCAGAACGUAUAAUAAUUUAUAGGGUUUGAAAACCUAUGCAUAUAGCUUUAAGAAAUGAAUAGUAUUUACUACUUCUCAAGAAUACUCAAUAAUUACAAAAUUCAUUAAUUUUCAUGUAAAUUUUAUAAAAAGAAAAUUCUAGAAUUUUUUUUUUUUUUGUAUUAUUGAUUUUUUUUUUUAAAUUUAUCUUAUAUUAUUUAUAAAUUUCUUUUAAUAAUUUUCAUACAUUUUCCAUUUUUUAAAACUUAUUUUAUUGUAACUAAGUAGAGUAUAAAGUAUAUAAAACGUAUUCAAAGUGAAUUAAAACCGAGAAUUGUAUACAUGCAUACUUGUUAUAUGAUUACGUGUGGAAAUGGUCAAAUAUAAAUAUAAAAUUAUUAAAUUUUAUUAUUUAUUUAAGAAGAGAGAUGAGGUCGAAUGAAAUGAAUAAGAAAAGGAAAAGUAAAUAAUGAAGAUAACGUUAAAUUAUUUGUAUUAUUAACUUGCAUUAUGUUUUAUUUAAUUUAGAAAUUUAUUUAAUUUAUAGUUCUUUAUGUACUUAAGAGUAAAUGUUACUCAAAAUCGAUAUAUAAAAAUCGCCUAUAAUAAAGUAUUCUUUAAAAAGAUAAUCUCAA